UAUGCUCCGAAGAUCGGCAUCCCGAAUAUCUUCGGCAAGCCGGACCCGCUUCGGAUAGGCGUUUGGCACCAUCAUGACAAUGGCUUUGCGGUGAUAAUGUGACUUGGCCAAAGAUUGAAGCUAUUUGGAGACAUAUUGCGAACCGAAAAUAACGCGCGAUUGAGCAGCUUUGAAGCAGGACGCAAACAAUGACGCAGAUCACCGCUCCAAAGCCGGUACAAGCCUGGCAAGAUGUGGUGACCAAGAAGCGGCAGCUCCGCGCUGAAGCUAUCUCAGCGUCCAUAGGAGGCUUGACGGGCGGUUCAAAAGAGCUUGAGAUCACGAGUAUAUCUGAAGCUUCAAAACUAGCCUCAAAGAUCUCACUUGGUGAGGUGACGAGCGAGGACGUCAUCAAGGCAUACAUUCGGAAAGCUGCUGAGGUGCACGACAAGACGAACUGUUUGACGGAAAUCUUGUUUGAUGAUGCUCUGAAGCGGGCCACGGGGUUGGACGCCUACUUUACCAAGCAUGGAAAGACUGUCGGACCCCUACAUGGAGUUCCAGUCACUCUCAAGGACCAGUUCAAUGUCAAAUGGUACGAUACCACUCUUGGCUACGUGGGACGAUCCUUCAAGCCCGCGUCAGACGAUGCCGUUGUCGUAAAAAUGCUUCAGUCUCUAGGCGCCGUCGUCUUUGCUAAAUCGAAUUUGCCACAGAGUAUCAUGUGGUGUGAGACGGACAACCCCCUUUGGGGUCUUACCACUAAUCCUAGGAGCAAGGACUAUACCCCGGGCGGUUCAACCGGCGGCGAGGCAGCCUUGCUUGCUUGCGAUGCGACUAUGCUUGGAUGGGGUACCGAUAUUGGGGGAAGCAUUCGUAUCCCGUCUCACAUGAUGGGAACGUACGGCUUGAAACCUAGCAGUGCACGACUCCCAUAUCGCGGGGUCCCGGUAUCAACCGAGGGGCAAGAACAUGUGCCUUCAUCAAUAGGACCCAUGGCUCGUAGCCUGUCCACAAUCCGUCUGACCAUGGAGCAGCUAAUCAAUGCCAAGCCUUGGGAACUGGACGCUCGCUGCGCACCAAUCCCGUGGCGAGAAGACUUGUACAAGGAGACGUGUUCUAGGCCUAUGACCAUUGGGGUCCUCUACGAUGACGAUGUCGUUCGGCCACAUCCGCCAUUGACGCGAGUUCUGCGUUCCGCCGUAGGACGCUUGCAAGCAGCGGGCCACGAGGUCUUGGAGUGGAAUGCAGACUUGCACGAAGACUGCAUCAGAACAAUGGACCUCUAUUACACGGUAGACGGCGGCGAAGAUAUUCGCAAAGACGUCGUGGCUGGUGGAGAGCCCUUCAUCCCCCACGUCGAGAAGCUUCUCAACCGCGGAAAGCCAAUUUCGGUGUACGAAUACUGGCAGCUCAACAGACGCAAGUGGGAGUUACAGCAGGCGUACCUAGAAAAGUGGCAAUCCAUUCGGUCGCCCAAGACUGGUCGUAUGGUUGAUAUCCUACUGCUGCCACCUAUGCCGCAUACCGCAGUGCCGCAUGGAGGUUGUAGGUGGGUGGGAUACACCAAAGUGUGGAAUUUCCUCGAUUAUCCUGCCCUUGUCAUUCCUGGAGGUCAAGUGAAUCAGGAAGAUGUCAAUCAGCCGUGGGCGGAGGAAGUGAGGGGAGUUGAAGACGAGUGGAACAAGAAAUUGUGGGAGGAUAACAAGAAGAGGAUGGCAUCUCUCAGUCUGCCGGUGGGCCUUCAGAUUGUUGGUCGCAAGCUGGAGGAGGAGAUGGUGCUUGCCGCUGGAAAGAUCAUUGAUGACAUCCUCAAGGAUCAGAACUAGAGUGAGAUGUUGACAUUCAAUUAGAAGGCUUCACUACGGACGACACUUACAAUCUUCUGCAAGUGUGAAUCAAGUGCAUGUACUUAAUAGGAGGAACUAAAAGCUCGACGUGCACAUGUUCUGGAUUCAUUAGACUGUUCGAGAGACAUCAUUGUGGGUAAUGAUCAAUGACACUUAGCGUAAUCCAAU